AAGGAGAAUUUGGGCGGGAGGAAGAGGAAAAAGGGUCGGCGCCAUCUUGUUUGUUUAGUGAAUCAGGGAGAAGCUGGGGGUAGUAAAGUAGGUUUUAACAUCACAGCCGCCAAAAAGGAAUACAGCAAUUGGAGAUUAUCAGGUUUUUCCUCUUGCUGUGAAAAGGAGCUGGGACAAUGUUUUAUGCCCACUUUGUCCUAAGCAAGAGAGGGCCGUUAGCCAAAAUUUGGUUAGCGGCCCAUUGGGAUAAGAAACUCACCAAAGCUCAUGUGUUUGAGUGUAAUCUGGAGAGCAGUGUGGAAAGCAUCAUCUCCCCCAAGGUGAAAAUGGCCUUGAGGACCUCGGGUCAUCUACUCUUGGGGGUUGUAAGAAUCUACCACAGGAAAGCCAAAUACCUUCUUGCAGAUUGUAACGAAGCAUUCAUCAAGAUCAAAAUGGCUUUUCGUCCAGGUGUAGUGGAUUUGCCUGAAGAGAACAGAGAGGCAGCUUACAAUGCAAUCACACUGCCUGAAGAAUUCCAUGAUUUCGACCAGCCCUUGCCUGAUCUAGAUGAUAUUGACGUUGCACAGCAGUUUACACUGAACCAGAGCAGAGUGGAAGAAAUCACCAUGAGAGAGGAAGUGGGAACUGUGAAUCUCUUGCAAGAAAAUGACUUUGCUGAUUUUGGUAUGGAUGAUCGGGAAAUGAUGCGAGAAGAAAGUGCAUUUGAAGUUGAUAUAAUAGGCACUUCAUCCAAUCUUCUGCUUGAGCCUGACCCCAACACAAGUCAGCUGAACGAUAAGACAAACCACCUGGAAUAUGAUGAUCAGUAUAAAGACGACACCUUUGGAGACAAUCCCAUGGAUACCAAUGAUGGCGGGAUCUUGGUUGACAAACUUCUGAAUGAAGACGGAGGUAUUUUUGACGACCCUCCUGCUAUGACAGAAAGUGUGAUGAUGCCCCAAGAACAUGCACAUGAUGAUGACGAUUUUGAUAUGUCACCUGGGGGACCUGAUAGUCCAGACUCUGUAGAUCCAGUUGAGCCCCUGCCAACUAUGACUGACCAGACAACUCUAGUACCCAACGAAGAGGAAGCUUUUGCUCUGGAACCCAUUGAUAUCACUGUUAAAGAGACCAAAGCUAAGAGGAAGAGGAAACUGAUUGUGGACAGUGUAAAGGAACUGGACAGCAAAUCCAUCCGUGCACAGCUCAGCGAUUACUCCGACAUUGUCACAACACUUGACCUUGCUCCUCCAACCAAGAAGCUUAUGAUGUGGAAGGAGACUGGUGGUGUUGAGAAGCUGUUCUCGCUGCCUGCACAGCCACUGUGGAAUAGCAGGCUACUUAAGAUGUUUACACGCUGCCUUACUCCACUGGUACCAGAUGAAUUGAGAAAGAGGAGAAAGGGUGGGGAAGCAGACAGUCUGGAUGAAUUCCUUAAGGAGUUUGAGAAUACAGAGGUGCCAAGAGAAGAGCAACUUCAGCAACGAGACAUCAUUGACCAGACUAUUUUGGAAGAACCAAGCCGUCUGCAGGACUCUGUGAUGGAGGGCAGCAGGACCACCCUUGAUGAGUCUGUUAUGCCACCACCCCCACAACAAAGAGGACAGAAGUGCAAACCCCAAGAGUCUGAGCCAGCCCUGCCUCUUGGUGCUCUCGAACAACAGCCUGAACUGCAGCAACCACCACAGCUAGAGAUCCCACCUGUGGUGCUCCCCCCAGAGGAGUCACAGAACAUCAAUGACCUGAUCCCCGAGCUGGACAUCCUGAUGGAAAAGGGGAAAGAGAAAGGGAAGGAUGAUGAGGAAGAGGAGGAGGAAGAGGUUCAAGGAGGUGACCAGGACCAAGAGGAAAGAAGAUGGAACAAGAGAACUCAGCAGAUGCUUCAUGGCUUACAGAGAGCUUUGGCCAAAACAGGAGCCGACUCGAUCAGUCUUUUGGAGCUGUGUCGAAACAACAACAAAAAACAAGCAGCAGCAAAAUUCUACAGCUUCUUGGUACUUAAAAAACAGCAGGCCAUUGAGCUCACACAAGAAGAACCUUACAGUGAUAUCGUCGCCACACCAGGACCAAGAUUCCAUAUUAUAUAAAAGUAGAAUUCUUUUAUGGCUAGUGCAUUUCGUACUGGAAGGUUAAGCAUUUGCCCUGAAUGAAGGGUUCCUCAAGGUCAUUGCAGAUUUUAAUAAGGUUAUUUUAUUGUUUGGUUGUAUAAAGUUUUGUGGUUUUUUUUAUUUUUUAUUUUUUUUUAUUUGAUCUACUGUUAAACAUGUCUGGGUAUUAGAUUGUUAGCUUUUGUUUAUGAAGAUUUUGUGAGCAAAACUCUUAUUUUGCAGCUCAGAUGGAGUGUGUAAUAUUGGGAUUUUAACUAAAUUUUAAAGGCGAUUGUCAGUAAGGCCUGGAUCAUGGCUGGCUUGAAAAAUAACAUUUCUGGCAAUCUUUUAUUAUUUUUUUGUUCCUAAUAUUGCAUUCUCCUUGUAAACUUGUCUGCUGUGUUUGAUUUUUUUUUAAUGUGCAUUUGAAAAGUACUUUAUUUUAAAGCAAGCAGUGAAAUGUUUUUAUUAAUAGGAAAAUCAUACAUAGUAAAGUGCCAGUAACAUUUCCACAAUUAGCAAGUUAAAUACUUCAGUGAAGGUUCUUUCUUGGCAUUUGCACUUACCUUUUUUUUUUUUUUUUUUUUUGGAUAAUCAAAACUAUCAUUUUAUUGGUUGCAGUUUUAAAUUAGACACCAUAAAUGUAUGGAAAUUUAUUUUCCAUGUAAUAUUUUUAAAGUACUUUUUUUGUAAUAAUAGACAUCAUGCAGCUUUUGAAUUUUAAACAGCCCCCCCCCCUGUUGUAAAACCAGUGAAAAUAACAUGUAGUUACUGACAGUUAUGGAAAGGGUAAUCAUUUCUGAGUGUGACAGAACUGAUUUGGUAGAUGGAGUUGUUUUAAUGCUUCUUUAGUUCUCCACUUACUGUUUCUGAAAUAGCGGCUGUGUUAUGUAAAACUUUUCUAAUAAAAAUCUUAAAUCCA